UCGACAAACCUUCAGCUCUAGUGAAAAAGUAUGGAACUAUUCUUGUGUAAAACGUGUAAAAUUAUAAAUAUCUUCGUAACUGGACAAUAUAUUUCACUGUGUAUACGCAAAAGCAAAACCCUGCAAGUCUACAAUUGAUAUAAAAUAUUUUUGAAACGGAACGGAUGACAAAUAUACGUAACAUUUCACAACAUAGAUGCACGAUUUCAUUCCAUAUUUAAUUUGUUCAUCGAGUAAUCAUGGAUAAGUCUGCUACAAAUUAAAGUUGGCUUUAUACAAUGCCACCCAAAACAAAACACAAGAAAAUGGCUUUUCAAAAGGAAUUCGACACACAGACUUGUGCUUUGAAGAAUAGAUGUCGAAAUUUCACACCCUUAUGGGAACGUUGCUUGACUAUUUCCUCCUCUUUGUUCUUCGAAUGAUUGGAACCAUGAGCUCCCCAAUAUACGAGCACUAUCGAUGCGCUGCCCCGUCGCGCCAGCAUCAGCCGGGAUCAUUGUGGAAGGCUGACAGUAUGCAGGAAUCAGAGCCAGCACCUUCGCUUGAGCAGCGAACGGGUACGGAAAACCUGCUCCUGGACUCCCUGGAGCCAGAACCCUUGGCCAACAUGCUCAACUCGCUGCAGCUUAUGGCUAUUAACGUUGUCAACCAAAUGCAAACGGCCUUGAAGAAACGCGUUACGUCGAAGGCGGAUCCAAUCGCUACAAUGCCAGGCCUCGACGCUUUUCAUCCAUGCGUGCCGUCGUCUUCUUGCUACUUUUUUAUCGAUCUGCGAAACACCACACCCCGCUUCAUGGACUCUCAAGAAGAGUUCGGCAAUAGCUCUAGUCAUGUAUCCAACGACAAGAACAAUAAUGCUGACGACACGGCAGAUUCACCUGCCAAGAAGUCUAUGCAGCGGCAGCGGAGUAUUUCGGAAUGCAGCGAUAAUAGUUUUGAUAUUUGCUUCGAGGACGAUGACGAGAGUAGCAUUCAGCCUACAGCAUGCAGCGACGAAGACGAUGAUGAGGACUUCGAAAAAUCCGAGGUGUGUGAGUGCAGCAACGACAGUUCGACAACCAACAAAAAGGUGCGCUUCAACCUGAAGCCCGAGGUGCAUGUCAUGCUGGCCUGGGACUUUGCUUAUCGGGCUGCGAGGAAGAGCGAGUGGCAAGUGAUGGCUCGUGAUCGUUUCAGAUUUCAACAGCGGAUACAUCGGGUGGCUCCAAUUCUAAAUCCCAUUCUGACUCCAAAUCAUAGAGAACAAGUCUACAAGGCUCGAUUCCUCAAUGUAGAAUAAUUCAUUUUAUAUUUUGAAUUAAUAUUUGAUGUACAUACAUAUUACAAUUUAGCACGAUAACGAUUGCAGUUACGAUUUCGUUUAUUAUUCACACUAUUUAAGUGUAAAGUAAUCGAUGCAAUCGCUGAGUUUGUGAUUGACUUUUUCCAAGCCAAAUAAUAUUCAACCUGUAAUGGCCAGCACGUCAAACGAAAUUUCAUUUUGCUAAUAGUUAGUACCUUAAGAAAUUUGGAUUUGUUGAUAGAGGGAUAAGAUAAUAUUAAACAGCUAAAUAAAAUAAGUUUUAGACGUA